AUGGCCGUGGAAGGCCUCUUCCACCAGCUCUUCUUCCUCGAUGCGACGACGCCUGCGACCGGUACCAUUGCCCGGGAGAAAGCCGCCGCGACCGACCAUGACCACGCCACGGGUCGUGCGAGCGGCUUCUUUGCGGAGCCGAGCCAGCGGAACGUGCAGUGGCACCAGGAUGAAGAGGUGUUGCCGUCUGGCUUCCUGGACCAUCAAAGCCAUGCGUCCUGGGAGCCUCCGCUGCAUCCGCAGCUGAAACCGUGGCUGCCCGGUGGCGACGCGGCGGAGCUGUCAGAGGAUCUGCCCGACCUCGGUGAGCACCGUGCGGUCUACUUGGAUGAGGAAGCAAGGUUGCCGGCGAUGCCGUCCACGGUGGCCUGGCUUUGGCCCUCCGUCGAGGCCCUUGAAUCUCGGGCUGCCUGGGACGGCUUCCGCGCCCAGCCGAGCCCCGGAAGCGACGCCCACGUGGCGCGCAGCGCGUUUUGGGCCCUGCAGGGGGUUGGAUCGCAGCUCUUUCAGGUGGACCAGCUCACCGAUCACGUGCGCUUUGCCCCAGCUGAACCGGGGGGUGUACCCCGAGCCGGGGUGCUGGAGCACACACUGAUGCGUCACUGGGCGGCUUGCUGCACCGGAUGCUUGCGCUUGAGGCGCAUUGGUGAGGACUUGCGCUCCAGCUCCAGCCGAUGCUCGCAGGCCUUGGGUGAAGUUUUGAAGGAGCUCCUCAUGGCCGUCGACCAAGACAUCUACCAGCGGGUGCGGCCUGAUGCGAGGAGGAGCAGCUUCCUGAAGCUUCACGUGGCCGCCGAUCGAUGGUUCCGGCGCUUGCAACCGGUCUUGGCGUUGUGCGGCGUGAACGAUGCGGUGCCCGACUCGCCCCUGCCCGAAGGCGUGGAACUCUUGGAACACAUUUUCACCUCGUGCCGUGUGCAUGAGAUUUCGACCACCACCUUCCAAGCCACAUCUCAUGAGCUGCCAUCGCUGUUCUCACCGCACGAGACCAUCUUGCUUUGGACCUUCCAGCGCACCAUGCAACCCUUCCUGGACGGCUUGUCGGCCUGGUCGCAGUUCGGGACUCCAUUGCCCAGGGAGUUCCAGUCUCCCUCCGGCGGGAUGAAGUUGCCUCGGUUCCUGGCGUCGCUGGACGUUGAACUCCAGGGCCUGGCUCCCAAGCUUGCCAUCCUCAGCUCCGCCGCCACGGCAGCGGGCGCCGUCGCCGUCCGCGCCGCCGUCCGCGGUCCACCGGUGCCGGAGCUGCGCGCGGGUGCAUUCUUGGCCGCGGAGGGGCGCGAAGUGCGGGCCUUCCUGGGCGGAGCGCAGGAAGAAGCGGAGGCUCCCGGCGACCCCAGCUGCUUGGCGGUCUUCGUGUCCCUCACCGAGCCACCGGUGUGGCCACCGCCCGCGCCCGAGCCGCCCGAGCUGCCGGUGUGGCCACCGGUGGAGACUGCGGAGGUGAAGGCCGUUCCGCCGCCGGUGCAGACGGAGGAAGAACCCCGCGCGGCGACACCGCGGUGGGCGACUCCGCGGACACCACGGACAGCACGGCCUUUCACUCCCCGUGUGACACCUGAAGAGGCUGCCAGGCGCAAGCAGCAGGAGGAGCUGAAGCUGGCGCUGGACGCGCAGGUCGCCGAGAAGCGACAGAUUGAUGAAGAGAAGAAGCAGCUUGAAGCAGAAGAGGAAGCCAAAGAACGCUUUCUGUUGGAUGUGGGCGAUGAAUUCUUGGAGGAGGCGCGACAGAGGAUUCUGGAUGAGCAUGAGAUGCAGCAGAGGCAGACGGAGCAGGAGUCCCGGUUGAUCCGCUGGAACUUGGAGCGCUUCAAGCGGUCGCAGCAGCUGGUGGAGCUGUGGACACGUGAAGCUGAGUUUUAUGCUGAAGAGCUGAAGAGCCUGGCGCCACAAAUGGAGCCGCAGGCGGCUGCUUGGGGCCCUGUGGUCAAUCCCUGGGCACGAAGAAGCGAGGACAUCCAUCCAGAAGCGAGGCCUGGCCUCACUGUUUCAGCCAUUGCUGAAACGGCCGAAACGGCAGAGGAGUUUGCUGUGGACCAGAUCUCGAGGGGAAGAGGAUCGGACGUUCCAUCGGAGAGAGAUCCGGAGCACCGAGAAGAAGCUGAUCAGCCAAGACCAGAAGAGCCACCUCUGGAAGAGCCAGAAGAACCCGAGGAUCAGAUGGAAGAUCCACCUCAGGCAAAUCAGGAUCAGAAUGAUCACACCAUCCUGAACGCAGUGCUUCCAAGCCUAGAUCCAGAUGGGUCAGAUGCAGGUGAUUCAGCAGGCUCUGGAGCUUCUCCAGUUGAAGAUGACGCUCUUGAAGCAGGUGAUCCUUCACCCGCGACUGCUGGCCGCCCUUCCCACCCAGCUGGCCAGCCCUCAGUGCAAGAGCUCCUGGCGCCGACCGAUCCUCCGGUCGCCCCGACCGACCCUCCGGUCGCCCCGGGUCCCGCCGGACCGGCCGCCGCUGCCGGUGCGGCCGCGGCGGCUGAAGAGGCACAGUGGCGGCAGGUGUUGCGGCAGGUGCGGCGGCACCUCUACGCUGCGUGCUGUGCGCGGCUGGCGCGGCAGGCGGCCCUGGCGCCGGUGGCAGAGGUGGAUCUGGGCGACUUCUUCAAAGGGCUGACUGAGGCGAAGCGCCAGGAGGAGACCGGAGACGCAGCGAGACCGGAGACCGGGCGACGUUCGGCGUAUUCCUGGUGGAUUGCGACGGAUGUGCUCGAGGCCCAGCAACUGGGCUCCAGACCCUUGGAGGUGGCUCUGGAGAGCUGCCUGCUCCGUCCGUUGAGGAAGCAGUCCCAAUGGGUGGACGCGAAGGUGGUCGAACAGGUGUUUCAGCUGAAGUUGGUGAAACGCAUCGACCUGCUCCGGCGCGUGUUGCUGAUGAGCGAGAGCCGCCUGCUGUCGCCCUUCCUGGUGGAGGCGUUGUCUUUGGCGCGCAUGGCCGGUUCUGGCCCUGUGCCCGGGGCGAACGGAGACCAGGCCGAGCUCCAGCGCACCGAAGCGGCUCUAAACGGCCUCUUCCAAUCGUUGGUCCCUCUGUCGGGGGAGGAGGAAGCCUUCCUCAGCGGUCUGUCGUUGCAUUUGGCGACAUCACCAUCUCCCCUAGGACAUGGGCCCGUACGCUUUCUGGACGGCAUCAGUUUUAGCCUGAAGCUGGACUUUCCCAUGAGCCUCUUCUUCGAGGAGCCCAUCAUGUUGCAAUAUUCCAGGCUGUUUCGCCUCGUUGCUUUGGUGAAUCACGUGCUCGAAGGUCUCAAGUCCAGUUGGUUCUUCUUGUCGUUGCGACCAUCAACCACUGCUACCCUAGGUCUGGAGAUGCGCCUCGUGGCGGCCGUCCGGCAGCGGCUUCACCACUUCGCCGGCACGCUGCACCGGUAUUUGUUGCUGGACGUGAUCGCUUCGGAGUUCCGGCGCAUGGAGGCGAAGAUGCAGCUCGCGACUGGGCUGGAGCAGAUCUUCUCUGCGCAGAGGAGUUGCCUCAUGCAGUGCCUGGUGAAGUCCUUCCUGGACGGGGCGCAGGAAUCCCAGGAGGCCUUGGCGGCGGUGGUCGGGAUCUUGAGCCAGGCCCUCCAACUGCAAAGCCUUCUCGACGAGGUGGGCUCGGUGAAGCGCUUCCCGGCCUGGGUGAUGCGUCGGCUGCAGGGAAUCCAUGUGGGCUUUCAAGAGCUCAGGACGACGCUCCGCGCGUGUCGACCAGGCUUCGCCCCGGAAGAGGCAGAGGACUUUUUCGAGGCAUGGCUGCUUCAAUGGUCGCGCCACUGCGACCAGACCAGCGCCGGAGUGGAAAAGACGUUGUACUCGCGGCGGAUGUGCGUGGCCGUGGCGAGUGGGUCGGGAGGAUGGGGAGCUGCGGACAAAGUCUUGCCGCUGCCAUCAGAGGUGCCCCCACAACCCAAGGCGAUUCCGCCCAAGCCCCAGGGCCUGCUGGGCAAAGCCAAGGCCUUUGGCAAGGACAUGGUGAUGAAUGCCGUGUCGGAGUUCUUUGGCAGUGCGGGCGGGAAGGGUGACCCGGACGUCGGCAGGCAAUGUGCGGAGCUCUAUGGGCUCUUCCAGAGAAAGAACAUCAUGGAAGCGCCAACGGAUGCUGUACUCCGCAUUAACCGAGGAGCUCCGAAGGGGCUCGCAGAUUUGGAGGAUGACAAGGCGCCUGGUGGGCUCUUCCUUCAACACACAGCCUCACAUCAGUGGUACCAUUGCUUCAUCUUAGGCAAAAAGGAGGAUGCACAAUUGCAGUGUGUGGCCAUGGACCCCGACGAGCUCUUCCGUGCCAAAGGCAUCUGUGGCGCGCAGGCGUGUGACUUUGACCGAAGCACCUUCAAGACGGAAUGCCUGACCAGGGUCAUUGGCUUGGUCGGUCGACCCCAAUGCGUUUACGUGGGGCACCACAUGGAGCUGCACCCGAAGGACAUCAUGGGGAAGCCCGUGCCUUACUCCGUGUACAUCCUCAGCUGCCCUCCCUUGCCGCCCCCUCCAGUGAAAUGCGCCAGUCGCAGCAUGCGGGGUGCGGCGUUUCUGGAGGCGAAAGAGACGCGGCCGAUGACGACCUUGGUGCCGGUGCGGGACUCCUUUCGAGUCUCUGCUCUGGGUGCUCAGGCGGACUCCACCAAGCGCACGGGCCCGGCACACUCCUUCGGCACCGCCAAAGGCGGCGUGAAGGUGUUCAUCUCGAAGAAGCUGGCCAAGUCCAAGAUCGGCGUGGGCACGCCUGGCCCGGUCUACCACGUGCCCUCGACGGUGGGCGCUGCGCCCAGCUUCUCGUUCGGCAGCGAUGAAGCAAGGAAGCAUCCAUCUGCCAAGUAUCCCGACUCCAGCGUGGACCUCACCAGCGCGACGGUGGACACGCAAAAGGUGAAGUUCCACAGUACUCCACAAGUCCACCUGGGUUCUGAGGAUCGCUCGAGCCUGAAGAAUGCAGAGAUCCUGCGGACGAACGCGGAGCUUGCCAUGGGCAUGGAAUCACCCUCAGCCCUGGAGUACUUUCCCAAGGAGAUCCACAAGACGGUGCCGGCGUACUCCUUUGCCUCCAAGAUGAGGAAGCCGAAAGAGGAGACCAGGGUGCAGACGUUGCAGCUUGGAAGUCCCAGGACCUUGGGCCCAGGCUCCCAUGCUCCGGCCACCUCGCUGGGCAACCAGCCCACCAGUCCACGCCGCACCGCGCCGGCCUGGUCGAUGAGCGGGAAGAGCCCCCGUAAUCCACCGCCGACGGAAUUGCUGGCCAUUGAAGACAAAGUCUUCAGCUCCAUCGGAAAACAGGUCUUGAGCACCAUUCGUUCCCCUCCGGGCGUUGGGGUGGCCAAGAGCACGCGGGACCAGAGCAACAGGACGGCGCUCUACGUGUCCGACAUGGACCGCCCGGCGAUGGGGCCGAAGCCCACCUUCCACAUGGACCUCCCGGCCCGGGGCCGCGAAGGGGGCUGGAGUCUGGUGGAGUCGGGGCUGGAGUCUGGCACAGUGCUGGGCGGACUUGAGUCGAAACGGUGUUCCCCCUAUCCAUGA